AUGGAGCCAGUUGGCCAGUCUGGUCGUCAUUAUCUCAUUGAGCGAAUCAUCCAAGAGAGAGGUCUAUCUCACCGCGUCUACCUUGCGAGCGCUGGAAACCAGAAAUUCAUUCUGAAGGAAGUCUUGCAGUCCAAUUUAGAGUACUUUCAGGAUAUACACCACCGCUUACAGAGUUGUCAGUAUCUUCGUGUAUCACAAGACACAAUUCCAGAACCGUCAAUGUUUGUCUAUGAAUACUUUACCGACGACCUCUUAAGCCUGGCUCAAAAGGACCUGCCGCUCACAGUUACAAAGCGGAUUCUCAAAGAUACCCUCCGUGGACUUGCAGCGAUGCAUGAUCAGAACAUUGUUCACACAGAUGUUAAACCAAAUAAUAUCUUGGUUGAAUAUGAGCAUAAAGAUUCCGAGGUAGUCAUUAAGCGGGUUCAGCUUGGUGACAUUGAAGACGCCGCAUAUGUACCUCCUGAGUGUGACAUUGUCGGCAAACAGGUGGGCAACUGGAUGUGGCGCAGUCCAGAAGCACAUACACAGGGUCGAGUUAACAAGCCGUCUGACAUAUUUUCCUUUGGUAUUGUGUGUAUUUAUGCUGUACUGAAACGAGUUAUCUUUGCCAUCGACGACAGUGAGCUGGGUGAAGACGAGCCAUUAGCUGUUCUCCUUGAGCGCCAGAUUUCAUAUUUUGCUGAUACAGAUGGACUGGACGGGUUUUUAGAGUAUCUUGGGGACAGCCCUUGGCGUGAGGUCAUUGAAGUUCUCCGGGACGGCUUUGCGAUCCUCCAAAGCGAUGAUUGUGGCUCAAUAGAGAAGAGUCAACCAUUGACUCCCCGCUUAGUUCUGGAAAUAUCGUCUUCUGCAGCGGAUGCGAAAUCACAGCUCAAUGCUCUUUACUGGAGAGAUCUAGGUCAUCCAUAG